CUUUACUAGGGCUGGAGAGUGAUUUCGCCGCCGCCGCCGCCUCCUCUUGCGCCGCCGCCGCGUCGAGCUGCUGUUCCCCGGGGGCGCGGCCACCUGAAGGGAAGAAGAAGGAGAGGAUGGAGCGAGUCGGCGGCGGGGAGAAGCAGCUGGAGGACUGCUCCGUGUCCAACGCCCUCGGAACAUGGUUCUUCUCAGUUGCUGGUGCUCUUAUUGCCAUUCCUGUGGGAAUAAAGAAGAAAUCGUUGGCACCGCUGGUUUUCUUUGGCACCACUGGAACCAUGCUUGACAUCAUCAUGGGCAUUAGCCAAUGUGAGCGGGAGCAUGCCGAGCGGCAGAUGAAGCUUUUAGAAGCUCAAAGCCUUUCUGCGAGUGCUUCAACAGAGGGUGAAAACUGACCAAGUUCUUUGAUGACGCCAACAAGCAAAAUGCAGCUGCUUUUUGUGGCAGCUUAUUAGUUGAUCUGUGAUUGUCAUGAUCUUCUGCUCUUGUACAAAUUUGUCAGCUCAGAAUAUGGCAAUCUCUCUAUUUUAAAUAUCCCCCAAUAAGUAUAUUGAGCAGUGGUCGAUCUUUGAUUUUUUUGUGAAUGAUAAUUUGCACCAUAUAACUUGUGGUUCCUGCCAACAAGACCUGGUGUUUUUUUGGGUCAAAUUUACUCGUGUCCCAAACAUGCUGAUACGCAUGGUGUUGAACUGUUGAGAGGAAACCAGUUAAGUAUACUGCAAAAGAAAUUGGAGCUCUAAUA